GAAACCCUAAUUUCUCUCUGCGUCCACAAGUCCCAUAAACCCUUGCCUCCGCCUCCCUCACUCCCUCACUCCACAACCGCCGCCGCCAAUGGCCGCCGCCGCGCGCCCUCUCGUCACCAUUCAGUCCCUGGAGGGCGACAUGGCCACCGACUCCGCCGCCACCCUCCCCCUGCCCGACGUCAUGAGGUCUUCGAUUCGCCCCGACAUCGUCGGCUUCGUCCACUCUAACAUCUCCAAGAACAGUCGCCAGCCCUAUGCCGUCUCGAAGAAGGCCGGACACCAGACCUCCGCCGAGUCCUGGGGCACUGGCCGCGCCGUCUCCCGUAUCCCCCGCGUCCCGGGAGGCGGUACCCACCGCGCCGGCCAGGGAGCCUUCGGCAACAUGUGCCGCGGCGGCCGCAUGUUCGCCCCCACCAAGACCUGGCGCCGCUGGCACCGCCGUGUCAACGUGAAUCAGAAGCGAUACGCGGUUGCCUCCGCCAUUGCUGCCACCGCCAUCCCCUCCCUCGUCCUUGCCCGAGGCCACCGCAUCGAGUCCGUCCCCGAGCUUCCCCUCGUCGUCUCUGACAGCGCCGAGGCCCUUGAGAAGACCGCUGCUGCCGAGAAGGUCCUGAGGCAGAUAGGCGCCUUCCCUGAUGCCGAGAAGGCAAAGGACAGCAUGGGCAUCCGGCCUGGGAAGGGCAAGAUGCGAAACCGCCGCUACAUCAACCGCAAGGGUCCCCUCGUCGUGUACGGCUCUGAGGGCGCCAAGAUCGAGAAGGCCUUCCGCAACAUCCCUGGCGUCGAGGUUGCCAACGUCGAGCGCCUCAACCUGCUCAAGCUUGCUCCGGGCGGGCAUCUCGGGCGGUUCGUCAUCUGGACAAAGUCCGCGUUCGAGAAGCUCGAUUCGAUCUACGGGUCGUUCGAGAAGACCUCAGAGAAGAAGAAGGGCUACGUGUUGCCGAGGGCGAAGAUGUUGAAUGCUGAUUUGUCGAGGAUCAUCAACUCUGACGAGGUCCAGUCUGUGGUGAGGCCGAUCAAUAAGGAGGUGAAGAGGGCACCGAUGAAGAAGAACCCAUUGAAGAACCUGAACACCAUGUUGAGGCUCAACCCUUAUGCUAAGACUGCCAGGAGGAUGUCUCUUUUGGCCGAGGCUCAGCGUGUGAAGGCCAAGAAGGAGAAGCUCGACAAGAAGAGGAAGCCCAUUACCAAGGAGGAUGCCGCAGCGAUUAGGUCAGCCGGAAAGGCAUGGUACCAGACAAUGAUAUCAGACAGUGAUUACACCGAAUUCGAGAACUUCUCAAAGUGGCUCGGAGUCUCCCAGUGAACUUGAUUAAUGUCAUUUUAUCUCAACUUAGACCUAUUUUCCCAUCUGUUUUGUUUUCUUGUUGCCCAUUUGUGUUGAUU